AUGUCAAGACACAAUAAUCACUUUCAGCAUCACUACAUUGGCCCUCAACCAUGUCGGAAGUCUUCUACAGGCUUAUAUGAUUAUCAUUCCAGCUUCUCAGCUGGAGUUGCUUAUAGCCUAAAUGAUAAGAAAAAACGAGUAGUAGCUCCGCAAACAAAAGGGAGGUUCUCAGAGACGACACAAAGUAUAAAUAUUGACUCACGACAGUUUGGGAAACUUCUCUUUACUGAGGAGCAGAGGCGGACAUUCAUGAAAGGAAAACCUAACAUGACUUUGGAAGACUUUUCCGCUAAUGUCGAGUGUAGUUGGAAAUAUCUAACACAGCAGCAGCGAGAUGAAUACUGGCGAAGGGCAGCGUAUAUCGCACAAACGGGAUGUCAAGCACAGAAAAUAAUGGAUAACUUAAAGGCACUAAGUCGUCAUGUGCCUUUUAUUGAAGAAAGCACUAUAAGACAAAUAACUGAUGAAAGGUGGGAUAGAAUGACUGUGGAACGAAGAGCCCCGUGGAUUGAGAAGUCGUUUGCAGAUCAAAGGAAGUAUUUUGUGGAAAGGAAGUUAUAUGUAGAAGCCAUGGAAGAGCGGGAGAAAUAUUUUGCAGAACUAGGCUACCAAUAUUAA